GCCCAGGAACUUGCGGAUUCGUCAUCGAGGCCCUGUCGCCGAUCUAUGGGCGAUGUGUGGCAUACAUCAUGCCGAUAUUUCCCCGCCUGAGGUGGCCCCCUCUCUGAACGCCAGGGGGAGCGGGGCAUGGAUACAGCUUGUCGGCCCCACAGGCCAGCUCUUCAUCCGUGCCGCCACUUUGUCAGGCGAUCGCAAACAUGGAUUAAGGGGGCGUGGAUUCGCGACGGGUCCUGUUCACGAGGCGGCACCGGCCGCAUUUGGGGAGGGCACCUUCCCCGAUCCAUGGAUUUGGCGACCGCGCGCCAAACCCACGGAUCACUUAUCCAUGUUUGCGCGCCCCCGACUGUGGCCCCUCGUUGGGUUUGGACGUGGAAGCCUGGACCCUCACGAGGCCGACAUGCUCGCGGCCUUCCCCGUGCUCGCCGAGCUGCGCGGGGCCCUGCCCGACGUGCAGGAGGUGCGCGACUCCUUCGCCCUGCCCUGCAGGAAGAGCCUGGCUUGGGGCUACCACGUGGAGGCCAUCCUGCUGUGGUGGCUGCGCGUCACGGGCGAGGGCGGCGGCCAGGCGCCGCCCGCGCACGUGUGGGUCAUCGAGGACCCGACGACGCCGGAUACUCCGGCGCUGACCUGGGCGCGUUCGUGGAGGCGUACGCGGAGGACGGCGCGGACCUGCUGGCGCACGGCUUCCACCCGCGGAGCGCGGCUGGAUCUGGCGGGGCGCCGCGUCCGCGGCCUUCUCGGCGCUGGCUGGGGCCCGCCGCGUGCGCUGCGCGGAGCACGUGCAGCGCCUCUCGGCCGCCGGCGCCGUACAACAAGUGGUCGGAGGUUGAUAGACCUCCUACCCUGACACGUCGAAUGGCGAAUUGGCCGUUUUCGGUUCGCGAGAGGGCGUCGCGGCCGUUGUCGUUGCGGGUCCAGGUCCAUCUGUUUCGGUCCUGGGCCGUCUUCACGAAAAGGGUGGUUUAUUCAAGGGAGGUUUUUCCACUGCCGAAGUGGGUCGGGGCCGUCUUUCGAGCAGUGGCGAAGCGGCCUGGCUUGCCCCAUAAGGCCCACCAAAGAGUGUUCUUAAGAAGCCUCU